GAGCUAUCAAGGGCUGUGACAGAUGAGCAGUGGUCUGUCUGCAGUGAGCAUGUGCUCAAGCUAACAUGGAUACCAUCUUGGUCUUCAGCCUAAUCAUUGCAUCCUAUGAUGCCAACAAGAAAGACCUCAGAGAUAGCAGUUGCCAACUGGAACAGCUGCCUGGGAUCUUCCCAAAGGACGUGAGAAGCAUCAGAGAAUUGCAAAUGCAAGAAACUCACACAGAAACCAAAAGGACAACAUUCAUUCAAAACUGGACUAUAGCUACCCUGCAGUGCCUUGGCUCUGACAGCAAAGUAAAAGUCAACCUUGUAUAUUUGGAGAGAAGGCCAAAGGUCAAGCAUAUUUUGAAGAACCUGAGAAUCAUUGCUGCUCCCCGCAGAAACAGCUCUGCCUCCUCAAGCUGUCACCUAAUCCCCACAUCCAAGUUUCAGACUGGAUCUCUUCUAAAAGGCAAAGUGUCAAUGCCUAGGAGCCAGGGAGCUGUGCCAAUGCCAGUGGUUGUGGAGAUGGCAAAAGAAGGGAGGCCAGCCACCUGGGACAGCUGAAUCCAAGCCUGACUCUCAGCCCC